GUAAUAUAGUCCAAGUAAAAGCAGAUCAUUCACUCCGUUCCUUCAAUAAUGCAAUCCCACCAUCAAAUUGCAAUUUGCAAAUGGAUAGUUCUACUGACAAACCUCCUUAUACUCCUCUGUUUGAACAAAUCCAGCCCGCCCGAAAUCCGGCUGAUUACAGGCGAUCCUUGAAGAUCAUCACCUGUAGCCUCCUUUCCUCCCUCUGUGUACUAUCUUCUGUCAUUCUGAUCCUCAGUCAAUCACCCUUACCAAAGUCUCAACUAGUCAGCAAUGGAACUUUACAAGAACCUUCAUCGUUGGAGUCCUCAUCGAUCGCCAGAGUUGCGGUCUCUUCGCCCGUGGAGGCGUCUGGAGAUGGGUUCUCGAACCAAUGGACUGAACGGAUGUUGACUUGGCAAAGAACAGCUUUCCAUUUUCAACCAAAAAAUGGCUGGAUGAAUGAUCCAAAUGGUAUUGCGCUAUGCAAACUCUUGCUUCAUUCAUAUUCUGUUGUUAUUGACUUUUUAUCAAUCAUUGCUGCUUAAAAAUUUCUUGCAUAACACGAAUGUCCUGGGGUUAACUUACUAGUGGGUGGUUCUGGGUGAACACAAGUUUUUAUAAGGUUAACUCACUAUUCAUCUCUUUUCGAGCCUUCGAGGUGUUGGAAGUAUUUUGGUGACAAGAAAUUAGGUUUUAGAAGAUUAUACUCCGUAUAAGUUUACUAACCUCCAAAAAUCCAUUUUUUGAUAACCUAUGAAAACUCAAGUCUGUAAAAUUCUUGAAUCAUGGGCUUUGAAAGAUUGAGUUUUUCUGGUAAGGUGUUUUUACCUAGGUAACAUCCAUUCCAACAACUUUUUGUCUUUUUGUACUUGCAACUAGGUUCACCUAGGUCCAUCCAAGUUCUUACUAACUUGAGGUUGACCAAGUUACUUAAUUUUAUUCGAACCAAACAGAAUCUAAGUGGAAACGGACAUAUUCUGAUAUUAUCAUGAAAAUUAUAUGAGAUGCAUUAGAACCUCAAUAGGUAUGGUCGUCCCUGUGCCAGCUCUAAGGACUGAUCAGUCCCCGUUCCAUGCUUAUGAUUCUGGUCUCUAGCUCUCCUAACUUUAAGUUCUAUAAAGAAUUUUGAAAAAAAUAAAAAGAAAUAGAAAUUGUUGAAUUUUGACAGGUUACCACUAACCAGUUACAACCCUGGAGACUUCCCUGCAUUUCUGCUUCUUUAAAGACUGUGGGUUUAGCCAAACCCAUGUCCUCCCCUAACUCUCACUGGUAAAGAGAUACUCCUAUUUAAUAUUCAUUUUUAGCCUCUAAACUGUGGUUGAAGUUGUUUGGAUUCUUUGAUAUUUCUUUUAUUAUAUGUAUCUAAUAAUUUACAUUGGUCCAAAUUAUGAAAAUUACAUUCUAUGGUAUUAUAUAUAACAACCCACUUAGUAUUACUUCAUAUCUGCCGUGUUUAAAACAAAUUUAUAGGGAGGAUGUCUGACAAGUCACAAUGAAUGUUCACAAAAAUGGAACUAUCAAAGUGGGAACUUUCACCUUUUAUAAUGACUUUUAAAUGACCCAUUGGCCAUUUAUGUAUGGUGAUCUUUUAUCCAAAAGUAGAAGUUUUUACAUUUAACUUUACAAUGUGUCACGAAAAUGUGUAAGAUUAAAAGGUUAAAUGUGCACGAAAAUGUGUCACAGCUCCAUUAUACUACAAAGGAUGGUACCACCUUUUCUACCAAUACAACCCAAGUUCAGCUUUUUGGGUGGAAAAUAUCACAUGGGGUCAUGCAGUAUCAAAAGACAUGAUUCAUUGGCUCUAUCUACCACAAGCAAUGGUCCCUGAUCAGCCCUAUGACCUGAGUGGCGUUUGGACUGGCUCUGCCACAUCCCUCCCUGAUGGAAGGAUCAUGGUGGUCUACACAGGGAACACAGAUGUGCAGGUGCAAAAUCUUGCAUAUCCUGCUAAUCUUUCUGAUCCCCUCCUCCUUAAAUGGAUCAAGUAUCCGGGUAACCCUGUUAUUGUCCCGCCGCCCAGCGUUGGUUUGUUGGAGUUUAGGGAUCCAACUACGGCGUGGGCAGACUUAAAAAGUGGCCAUUGGUAUCUUACUAUAGGGUCUGAGCUUAAUCAAACAGGUGUUGCAUUUGUUUAUGAAACUUCCGAUUUUAUAAGCUAUAAGCUUCUGGAUGGGUUCUUGCAUUCAGUUACCGGUACUGGUAUGUGGGAGUGUGUGGACUUUUUUCCGAUUUCAACCGGAAAUGGAAAUGGGUCAGACCAAAUGGUUAAAGGUUCAGGUGUGAAGCAUGUUUUGAAGGCAAGUUUGUAUGACGAAACACAUGAUUAUUAUGCUAUUGGGACGUAUGACCCAAUAAAAAUAAAGUGGACACCUGAUUAUCCAGAACUGGAUAUAGGUAAGGGGUUGAGACUUGAUUAUGGGAAAUGUUACGCAACAAAGACCUUUUAUGACCAAAACAAGCAUAGAAGAAUUAUAUUUUCUUGGAUUGGGGAGAGUGACUCCCGAUAUGUUGACAUUGUAAAGGGUUGGGCAUCUAUUCAGGGCGUACCUAGGGCUCUUAAUUUUGACAAGAAAACAGGGACUCAUCUGCUUCAGUGGCCAAUUAAAGAAGUUGAGAGCUUGAGAUUAGGUGUUCCUAUAGUCACUGAAGUGGAGCUUCAACCGGGAUCACUUGUGCCGAUCAAUAUUUCAACUGCUACACAGUUAGACAUUAUUGUCUCAUUUCAAGUUGAUAAGGGCGCAUUUGAAGCUGCAACAGUGGAAGCCAACUAUAAGUACAACUGCAAUCACAGUGGUGGUGCUGUUAACAGAGGCACUUUGGGGCCAUUUGGUAUAAUAGUUGUGGCUGAUGAAACACUUAGUGAGCUAACACCUGUUUACUUCUUCAUUAACAAAGGUGUUGAUGGGAAUGCUGAGACUCAUUUCUGUACCGACUUGACAAGAUCAUCACAGGCUUCUGGAGUUGAGAAAGAAGUUUAUGGCAGUACUGUACCUACUGUUGAAGAUGAGAAAUAUUCAGCAAGAAUAUUGGUUGACCACUCGAUUGUAGAGAGCUUUGCUCAAGGGGGAAGGACAGUUAUAACAUCAAGAGUGUAUCCAACUAAAGCAAUUUAUGAGACAGCAAAGGUGUUCUUGUUCAACAAUGCCACCGGGGCAAGUGUUCAAGCAAAUGUGAAAAUAUGGCAAAUGAGAUCAGCUGACAUUAAGCCAUUCCCCGUUUGAAUCUAGUACGGAGUAUGUAUGUUCCACGGGCGUUGCACACUUGCACCUGAUGCGGCACUAUUCUUGCAUGUAUAGUUUUCUUGUAAUAUAAGGCAACAGUUCUGUGUUAUUGACCCGUUUAGAAGCGUAUUUAUUUCACUUUUUUAGUAGUUUGAUUUCGAAAUCUAUGCUGGCAUCAUUUUUGUCCAUAUUUAAGGAAAACCCCCUUUAAUAAACUUUGAUAAACUAUGAAUUUGAUUGAAGGGUAGUUCUAAUUGGAGCCACAAGAUUAGUAUUCAGUUAUUCACAGCCCUUGAUUCAAAUUAAUUGAUAAAAUAUAC